AACUUCGCUCAUGCUGUCAGUUGUUCCCUGGGAGAGCUGCCAGGCUCACUGUGUAAAGUCUAAUCUCUGCUGCCUUAGAGCCUGGGCAUGUACUACUACAGCCAUUCCUUUUUGUUUUAGGGAGUCGCUGUGUGCUUCUCCCUAUAGAGCUGAGAACUAGGGCUAAUUCAUGUGUGAAUCAGCAACAUCUGUGUGGUAUCAACAUCCUUCACCCAACUGGCAGCCCUGCAUCAGAUUCUGCAGGUCUAUUGUCUUGUUCCAGCCUGGCAGCUGAUGUGAGAGAGAUUGCAGUACAACAUGUCUUUAUCGUUGCACUUCACUUUGUGUCUGCUCACUCUGUUUUACUGUGCCUAUGAAAUCUCAGGUCAACUGGAGUCAUGCAAUUCACAGUGUGGUAAACAGCUCCAGAAUUGUUCCUGUCAUUCAAGUUGUUUGAAACAAAGUAUCUGCUGUGCAGAUUAUCAGAAAAUGUGCCUCCAAAUUUCACCCCAUUCAGGGACACUAAUGGGAGGGAAAGACUUUAAAAUUCUAAACAUAACUUACAGUUCUACUGUAAAUGUGACAUGCCGGUUCAACAAUGAAGUAAAUACUCAGGGUUAUGUUGAUCAAUCUGGAUAUGCUCACUGCAUUUCUCCACUACUGUUCCAGACUGGCCAUGUCAAAUUUUCUUUGUCGUUAGAUGGGGGGUUAAACUUUGGACCAUCAGGAACAUGGUUAGCUGUUCAUCAUAGCAAAGCUUCAGAGUUGGAAAAGAGUGUGCUGGUUAAUUCAAAAAAAUGGCAAUAUUAUGGAACACCUGGAUAUAAUGAGACACUCUCCAUGACCUGGAAUGGUAGAACUCUUACCACUCAACACAUCCGUAUAGAAGUCUGGGGCUAUAAUGAGACAGGGGAACGAUACACUGAAUCAUGGCAAGCUGAUUGGACCUACCUCUACACACUUGAUCCAAGUCAUCCAAAUAACGGCAACCUAACAUUCACUCCAGUUCCUGCACAAUCUCCCUUUGAUCAGUGGGAUGUAGGGAUGUUGAGGAUCAUAGCAAGUGAAAAAAAUCCUGGGGAGAGGAACGUCCACGCGAUAUGGAGUCCUGUCCAUGCCUUAGCCUGGCACUUAUCAGAAAGUUUCAGGGCUGAUCCUGCUCGCUGGGCAACAGAUAAGUGUGUGGAAUGGAGAUCUGAUGAGAAGAACAAACUGCCUGACUUCUUGACAGAAGUUGCAGACUGUCCUUGCACUUUGCAACAAUCCAGAGCUGACACUGGUAGAUACCAUACAGAUUAUGGAUGCAACAUUGAAAAGGGAAGUGUGUGCACCUACCAUCCUGGUGCUGUGCACUGUGUGAGGAGCAUACAAGCAAGCCCUCGGUAUGCAGCGGGGCAGCAGUGCUGUUAUGAUGCCCAUGGAGUACAGGUUCUUACAAGUGAUUCAAUAGGGGGCAGCACACCAGACCGUGGACAUGACUGGGGUUCCCCACCAUAUAGAAAGCCUCCCAGAAUACCAGGCUUCUCUCACUGGUUGUAUGACGUAAUCACAUUCUACUACUGUUGUUUGUGGUCAGAUAACUGCCAGUACUACAUGGAACUUAGACCCUCCAGCGACUGCCACACUUAUAAACCACCAAAAGUCGCUUCAGCAUUUGGUGAGCCUCAUGCUUAUACAUUUGAUGAUGUGCCUUACACCUUUAAAGGUAAAGGGGAAUAUGACAUGGUGGUUUCUACAAACCCAAAUCUAAGGAUUCAGUGUCGGACGUCACCUUUUUAUGCACCACUACCGCACAGUUAUACCAUCCAUCUAGAUGAUGGUAUUCGAUCUCGGAGGUCGCUCCCUAAUAGUAUUAAUAUAACAGCCAUUUCCUCAGUGGCUAUGCAAGAAGAGGAUUCUGAUAUAAUUGAGGUGCGCCAUGAUGAUGAAUUCAUAAAUGAACUGGAAGUUCUAGUGAAUGGGGAGAGCAUUAGCUUUGAAGAGCAAAGUUGGAUGGAUAUGAAAGGGGUUUUCUUAUUCUCACCCUAUAAGACCAAUGUCACAGUAAUGUUUGCCUCAGGAGCUGGGGUAGAAGUGAGAGAAAUGGGAGGAUUUCUCAGUCUGUCAAUUCUUCUUCCUGAGAUUUUCAAAAACAAAACCCAAGGACUUCUGGGAGUUAUGAAUGAUGAUCCUGCAGAUGACUUCACGCUAAGAAAUGGCACUGUUUUACCUUCUACUGCCAGCCCAGAGGAACUUUACCAGUUUGGUGCAGAUUGGUCAGUAACCAAUCAGACUUCACUCUUUCAGUAUGAUUCUCAAAUACUUCUUGAACAGUACGCUUUGAAGCAUGAUCCUAGUUUCAUACCUAUAUUUCAUAUUGAGGAUGAGCAAAGUGAUCCACUGUACCAAGAGGUAGAAAAUAUGUGUGGCAAUGAUUCAUUCUGCAGAUUUGAUGCCUUUACUACAAGAAAACUGGAAGUUGGUAAUGCUACCAAGGUUUCACAUCAAAGUCACCACAUCUUGGUGGAGAACCUUAAACCAGUGGUCACAUGUGGCUGGCUUGGAUCACCAGCAAAUGGAUCUAAGAAUGGAACAAACUACCUAGCUGGCUUUACCAUCACAUUUAGUUGUAACAGUGGUUUUGUACUGUCUGGGUCCAAACAGCGAACAUGCCAAUCUAAUGGAAAUUGGUCUGGGGCACCAGCUCAGUGUUUAUUAGGAAGUGACAAUUCCUGUUCUAUGCAGUGUGGACAACUUUUGCGUCAAUGCUCCUGUCAUGUAACCUGUGAGAAUCUUGGCAACUGCUGUCCAGACUACCGCACAUACUGUGUGCGUAUUACACCAGAGUCUGGCUUGUUGAUGGGGGGCAGAGACUUUGUCAUUUUGGGUGUGACCUUUGAUGAAAGCUCUGUAGUGAAAUGCAGGUUUAACCUAGAAAUCCUUGUAAAUGGUUAUGUGGAUGAUAUGAGAAAAGUCCAUUGUGUGUCACCUCUAUUGUAUGAAACUGGACGUAUUCCAUUUGAAAUAUCUGGGGAUGGAGGAACAACAUAUCCCCACUCUGGCACUUGGCUGUCAGUGCAUCCUGGGAAAGUGUCUGAGUCAGAAAAAUGCACUCUCGAGAAUGACACAAAAUGGCAGUACUAUGGCACACCCAAUUAUGAUGGCACCUUGACAGUUAAAUGGGAUCCAAACACGUUUAAGGAGAACUCAAUUAACAUUGAGGUCUGGGGCUAUGGGGAAUCAGGAAUCCCUUAUACAGAGUCCUGGACAGCAGCCUGGAAAUAUCUCUAUACCUUGGUACAUAAAUAUACCAACAACGGGAGUUACACUUUUAUCCCCAAUCCAGCAUUGCCAGAACAUAGCAUAUAUGAGGUUGGAAGCCUAAGGAUUGUGCCAAGUCAACAUUCUAAUGGGGAGAGGGAUGUCCAUUCAUUAUGGAGUGUGGAUCAUGCCAUGGCAUGGCACCUGGGUGAAGACUUUCGCAAAGACUCUGCUACCUGGGCAUAUAACAAAUGUUUAGAUUGGCAUGAAAGUGACAAGAGUCUUCCUGAUUUUCUCUCUGAAAUUAUUGAUUGUCCCUGCACUAUGGAACAAGCCAGAGCUGAUACUGGGAGAUUUCAUCCGGAUUAUGGAUGUAACAUAGAGACUGGAAGCACAUGUACUUACCAUCCUGGAGCUGUGCACUGUGUUAGAGGCAUCUACGGCAGUCCCACCUUUGCAGCAGGUCAGCAGUGCUGUUAUGAUAAAGAUGGUUUCCAAGUCCUCACUAGUGAUUCUAUAGGGGGUAGCACCCCUGACCGAGGUCAUGACUGGGGCUCCCCGCCAUACAAGAAGCCCCCCAGAGUACCAGGCUUUUCUCAUUGGCUCUAUGAUGUCAUCUCUUUUUAUUACUGUUGCCUGUGGUCAGAUAAUUGUGACUACUACAUGAAACUCAGGCCUUCUAGUGACUGUCGCAAGUACAAACCCCCAAAAGUUGCAUCUUCAUUUGGGGAUCCACACUUUAUCACUUCUGAUGGGUCUAAUUUCACUUUUAAGGGUAGAGGUGAAUACAUAUUGAUUGAAUCCACUAAUCAUUUACUGAAGAUUCAAGGCCGCACUCAGGCUGCUAGGUUUGAAAAUGGUUCUUUUACUUCAGUAACUGGCUUUUCCUCUGUGGCUAUGCAAGAGGAAAGUUCAGAUUUGAUAGAGGUACGUCUAGCAGAAGACUCCAAAACUCUGGAGGUUCUCCUAAAUCAGGAAGUCCUUCACCUUGAUCGAACCUGGUUGGACCUGAAGGGGGUAUUUUUAUUUGCUGGCUCUAAUCAAAGUAUAACAGCAAUGUUUUCCUCUGGAGCUGGAGUGGAAGUAAGAGGAGAAGAAGGGUUCAUAAGCAUUAAUGCUCUUCUACCUCAUGAGUUUAUGAAUAAAACACAAGGACUUAUGGGAAAUAUGAACAAUGAUGCUACAGAUGAUUUUACAUUCAGAAAUGGAACUAGUUUGCCAACUAAUGCCAGCCCUGAGGAGUUUUUCCAGCUUGGCGCCAACUGGCAAGUGACCAGUGACAGCUCCCUCUUCACCUAUGAUUCAAAGUUCCUAUUAGAUAACUAUCAGGUUAAACAUGACCAUGAUUUUUUACCCACAUUUUCAGUCCAAGAAGAUCCUAAUGACCAAUUUACAAAAGACGUGAUUAAAAUGUGUGGAAAUGAUCGUUUCUGUAGAUUUGAUGCUCUUACCACAAGAUCCCUUAGGGUUGGAAAUGCAACAAAAUUAUCACAUGACAAUCACCAAAAAUUGGUCCAGGUUCUGCAACCAGUGGUGUCAUGCGGCUGGUUAGAACCCCCAAAGAAUGGAAAGAAGGAGGGAACAAGCUACUUGGUUAACUCUCAAGUUAAAAUCAUCUGUAACAAAGGAUACGUGUUAAAGGGUUCCUCUUCACGCACAUGUCAGCAAGAUGGCACAUGGAAUGGGCAGACCAGUCAGUGUGUAAAUGACAAUACCCUGGGAAUAGUCCUAGGAUGUGUGUUUGGAUUCCUUACUCUCCUAGUCCUCCUAAUAAUGAUUGGCCUACAUGAAAAGAAGCACAGUAGGAAAAAAGAGAUAUCUGUACCUUCCGUGACUUACAAGAAAUCUAAUGAAGUCUAGGAAGACUCAAUAAGUGUGCACGUUCAAGCAAUGAAGAAAGAAAUCUCUCAGUGUAAUGCUGUAUGUAUUACUGAAGAAUUUCUAAAGUUCCACAUUUUACAGUGUCCAGUCUUAUAAGAAACAAAUAUUUCAUUCCUGUUCCACUGAAGGAAAAUGCAUUCACCUGAAGUUUCAAAGAUGACACUGCAAACUGCAUUAACCGAUUAUGCUUGUGAAAGUAAACAUUUUACUAUAAGUACUUAAAAUAUGUUUCAAAACCUGAAAAGUCUCAAUUAUGCAUAACACAAUUAGCUCAACAGAUUUGCACCCUUGCUGGUCACCAAGUACAAUAAUCUCAGAAAAUUUGCAGCUUUUCUGUCUCUACUCAGCUGUAAUAAUGGAGCAUAAAAGUGCAGUUUUGACAACUAACCAGUGGUUCCAAUAAGGGCUAGGUCCCAAGAAACCCAAAAUUACAAUGAUUCACUUUUCUUGCCUAAUCACAACCUAUACAUUCUAAAUGUAUCUGAAUCUAGUUCAGUAUUUUUCCUUUAUUUAGCUAUAGUUAUCAAAUCAGUGACAUGCUUAUAGAUCUCCGAUAACAAUGUACUCCCAAGACUGGAAAGUAUGAGUAUGACCUGUGGCAUAUGUGCAGUGCAGUGCACGAUAUUGUAAAGUGCUCCAAUGCUUUGACAAGUACAGACAUUCCUGCUCAACAUGGUUGACCAAAGGGCCAUCUUUAAAAUACAUUUCACUCCUUUCCUGGCAACCACAAGCAAGGUUAUGUGGGGAGGUGAAUGAAAGGGAGGAUUUACUGAAGGAAAGCUGUGUUAAGCCUCGUACACACGGCCGAGGAACUCGACGU